AUGACAUCAAAUAGCAUAAUUAAAAUAUCUUCAAUCAUUAGUUUUAUUAAUGACACUAAAAUAUUUUCUAAGGGAGAAAACUCAUUUGAAUGUGGUUAUGUGGUAAACUUCCAUUAUUUACAUGAUGUAGGCAUAUUAAGUGGUCAAGUACAUGCCAGUAUGAAAAAUAGAUUGUAUGAUGUUAAGAUAUUCUUCAAGAAUAAAAUAAUAGAGCAAGCAAGCUGUACAUGUUCAACUGGCCAAACUAAAUGCCAUCAUAUGGUUUCCUUGCUACUACAUGGACAUAAAAAUAUAUCUGUCACAGAUAUAUCAUGCAGCUGGUCAAAAAAGUCUGUUCAAGCCAAUGUAGAAGUUUGUACUAUUGAUGACUUGUAUACCAAUAACUUUAAAGCAGUCACGGAUACACAAAAUAUAGAUUUUAAAACCUUAUGCUUAAGUAAACUAUUAGCUGUACAGCAAACUAUAGGAUUUGCAUGGUUACUAAGUCCAGAACCUCCUGUUGAAGAUUAUAGCGAUAUUUUGAUUUUAGAACAUGCUAUUCAUUCUGAAGAGUUUAGUACUUCUCAAAAUCGCAGACUUAUGUUGUCAGAGGUAUGCAAGUUAUCUGCUGAAAAUAUUAAAGACAUAUCAUCAAAAACUAUUGGACAAGCUGAAAAUAUUAAGUGGUGUCUGUAUCGUAACUUUAGGUUAACUUCUAGUAACUUCCAUAAAAUAAUUCACGCAACAAAAAUAAAUCGUUAUCCUAACUCAUUAUUUAAAACUUUGUUAGGGAAGUAUGUGGUAGGUGUUAAAAGUAUUGAAUGGGGGAGAACACAUGAGGUUAUUGCAAUACAGGAAUUUGAAAAGGUAUACAAAUGUAAUGUAAUAAAAACAGGGAUUUGGUUACACGAAUCUGGAUUUUUAGGUGCAAGUCCAGAUGGGUUGUUACUUAAGAAUCAUAUUAUGUUUUGUAUCGAAGUUAAGUGUCCCUACAAAUUUAGAAAUGAAAAUUUAAACACUACUCUUUCUAACACUAAAGAUAAUAUAGUUACAUUUGAUACAACUAAAAAUGAUUUUGUUCUGAAUUCUGAUCAUCAGUAUUACCAUCAAAUACAAGGUCAAAUUUAUAUGACAAAAAGAUCCUAA